AUGGGGACCUCACCGAACCACGCCUCGACCGGGGGUGAUACGAAGUCACCCAAACAGUCCAACAAUGCCACUCCCCCACGUCAAAGUAAGUCGGACACCCUCUCCAUCCCCUUACUCGCUGAUUCUUCACCGAAAGACAUCGUCGUUGCUGCCAUUAUCGUCGUUGUCGUCGUCGUCUUCGUCGUCGUUCACUCGCUUACCACAACUUAG